AUGUUGAAUUGGUUGAUGGAUAAAGGUGGAGAUAGAUUCCUUUCCUUCGUCGAAAGUUACCAAACACUUGUGGAAUCUUUUCACAGAUUAGCUUCUGACAAGUUAGGGGUUAGCACGAUAAAUGCAGAUAAUAAAGAAAAGAAAAUAUGUUCUAUAGUUGAGGAUGUAUAUAAGCUUUUGUCUGCUAGUAAAUGUCUUUUUAUUUUUGAUAAUGCUGUAAAAUAUAAAAGUGAGAAUGAAUUUGAUUAUGGUAUAGAAAAUUUUUUGCCAUGUUCACCAUGCUCCUCUAAUAAAUCAUAUAUUUUAAUUACUUCUCGCAAUAAAUAUUGGCCAAGUAAUGUGCACAUAUUAGAAUUAGAUAUAUUUAAGGAGAACGAAGCUGUAGAAUUCAUUAAAAAAUCCCUUAAGAUAGAAACUGAUGUACAAGAUAAUGUUAUUAGAGUGUUGGCAAAGAAAUUACAUUGCUUUCCCUUAGCGUUACAACAAACUGUAUCUUAUAUAAAAACAGAAGAUGAGAAAUUAAAAAUUGUGGGUUCAGAGUUUAAAAUAGACAAUUAUUUGGAAAAGUAUAAUGAAAAGGUAGGAUGUUUUGAAAGUCAAGGCACAAGUAAUGAUUAUAUUGAAACAAUAGUCACAACUUGGAAUAUUACCUUUGAUAUAAUAAGUCAAAGUGAAAAUGGUAGUAAUGCUUUAAUAAUAUUAGGUAUCGCAUCUUACUUAGCUUCUGAAGAUAUAUCUACAAAAAUAUUUGUAAAUAUUAUAGACUGUGAGGACAAAGUAGGCUCUGCUAUCCUAUUAUUAAAACAGUAUUCAAUAAUUAAUUUAGAAGCUUUAAAAUAUUUCAUCGACAACGGAGUAAAUACAGAAAAUAUGAAUCAUGCAAUAUCUGUUUGGAAUUAUACAGAGAAAUGUAGUGCACUGGUGAUAAAGUAUGCCUUUGUCGCAGAUUUUAUAAUUCGUGAAUUUAUGAUGAGCGUUAGGUACGAGGAAGCAUUCUCAUUCUGCCAGAGAUUUUUGACUUUGUUAAAUACCCUAUCACAAGAUAACAACAUUGUUCGAUAUCAUUUGUCGAUGACAAAAAAUGUUAUGGGAUUGAUACAUAUGCACCAAGGAAACUAUAAUAUAGCUGGUGAAAUUUUUCAAAAAGUUUUGAACGAAAUUAUUGCUGAGCCAUACUAUUUGGAAUCUAUAGCUGUAGCCUAUAAUGUCGGUUUGGUAUUCUUUCACCAAGGCAAAUAUGACGAAACUUUAAAAUACUAUCAUAUAGCAUUAGAUGCUUUGUUAGCUAACGACGGGUAUUGUAAUAAAAAUACAGAGAUGCUAAGUAUUCAAUCUGACAUAGCUGCAGUAUUUUGCAAACAAGGUAAAUAUGAUAUAGCCUUACAAAUGCUUAGAAAGGUAUAUACAACACAAAAACAAAUUUUGGGAGAAAAUCAUGUUAGCACGCUGAGUACACAAGGUAUGGUUGCCGGUAUAUUCCUGGAACAAGGAAGACAAAGUGAAGCCUUAAAAAUGUUGCAAGAACAAGGCAGAUUACCUGAUGCUCUUAAUGUGUUUCAAGAAGUACUAAAUCUUCAGAAACAAGUUCUUAGUUCAGACCACCCUGACAUUUUAAAAACUCGUAGUUUCAUUGCGGAAACGUUAAGACAACAAGGCAAAUGUGAUGAGGUAAUGGUAAUUUGUCAGGAUGUUUUGAAUAAACAAGAGCAGAUUUUAGGUGUUGAGCAUCCUGACACUUUGCAUAGUUUCUUAACUAAAGCGCAGAUAUUAUAUUAUCAAGGGAAAUAUGAAAUUGCUUUACAGAGCUUUACUGAAUUACUAAGUAAAUGGAAACGCAUUUUUACGGAGAUUCAUCCUGUGAUUACAACUAUAAACGAUCGUAUAUCUGAAAGUUUUGAAGCACUCUGCAAUACAGCAGAGAAUAAUGAAGCUCUUAGUUCUACCCAGCGACAAUAUGAAAUAGAAAGAAAACGUUUCGGAGAUGAUCAUCCGACCACUUUGAACACUAAAAAUAAGAUGGGUUUCGAGUUUUAUAUUCAAAAGAAAUUCGACAUAGCACAGCAAAUUUUUGAAGAAAAUUAUAAUAAACUUAAGUUUAUAUUUCCUAAUCAUUAUUAUACCCAUACGGCAAAAAAUAAUUUAGCUCUAGUAGUUUUAGCUCGUGGAAACUAUGAAGAAGCUUUGAGAAUGUUUUGGGAGCAUAAUGACGUCAAAGUAAUUGAACAGUUUUUUGAAAAAUGUGCUGAUGUUACUGUUGCAGAUUUGAAUUGCUCCGUAUUGUUAUGUGACAGUAUUGAAAGUGGUAAGGCAGAUAUCGUAAACGUGUUCUUAAAAUAUGAAGCAGAUGUUGCUUCGGUUAAUAGCCAGGGUAAAACAUCGUUGUACGUUGCCACUUUCAGAGGUCACGAACAGAUUGUUAAAAAUCUUUUGCAGCAUACCUUACUGGAACACGGCGCAGAGUAUAACGCGAAAAAUAAUAACGACAAGACGCCGUUUAGUCUUUCUAUUGAUCCUGAUAUUAUCAGUUAG